AUGCAGGAAGCCCGUCGAGACUCGCAAAGCGGCGAUGUUGUUGUCCCCAUAAACUACUUUCCUGCAACAGGUAUUCCGAUUCCAAAGUCCGCUUGGAAGACGCCAUUCCUAGAUGAACAUAACGAACACACUCGACAUAUGCUCAUACGAGAUGCACGCACGAGCGGUAGAAUCUUUGAUCUCGACACCAAUGGAUUCACUUUCGUCACGCUACCACCAAAAGACCGAGUCACUCGCGAAAGCACUGAAGAAGAGGUAAAGCGCGAAUACUACCCAGAAAUAGAAGAAAUCAUAAAGAAACUAACCGGCGCCACAACUGCUCACGUCUUUAACCACGUAAUCCGCGCGCACACCUCCCCCAGCGAAAAAGGCAUCCUCGACCCCAAAGGCCGCUGGCAAGACAUUCCCUCGGGCCACCCGCACGUCGAUUACGCCGGCAGCCCCUCCGCCAUCGCCGGCACUCAACGCGAACUCUCGCUCCCACCCCACAUUUCCUCUCUCUUCACGCACUCUCGACGCUUCGCUUUCCUCGGCGCCUGGCGUCCCCUAAAACCCGUCCGCAGAGACCCCCUCACCGUCUGUGACGCCACCACCGUCCCGGACUCUGACUACCAGAUCCGCGAGAGGGAAUUCAGUCGUACGGGGAUUAAGAGCGAGAAUUAUGUGAUGAGUCAUGGAGAGAAGGAGAGGCAGGUGCAUCAGUGGUGGUAUUUGAGUAAUAUGAGGCCAGAUGAGGUGGUGGUGUUUAAGGGGUUUGAUACGGAGAGGGGGAAGCCGGGGUGGAGGUGCCCGCAUACGGCGUUUAGGUUGCCGGGGAGUGAGGGGGAGGAAGCGAGGGAAAGUAUUGAAGUUAGGGUUGUGGCGUUUUGGGAGUAG